GCAAGCGCGCGGAUUGGCGAUCAGGUGACCGUCGUGGCGGGAAAAGUUGUCUGUUGAGUUAAGAGGGAGCGCUCUCAGAGAUAGAGAUGUCUUCACCAACAUCAACACCUAGUCGUAAAGGAGGCAAGCGUGGAAGAGGCAGUAAUACCCCCACAUCUCGUAGUGAUGGAGUACAGUCUCCACCAUCACAAAGACAACGGAUGGAUGAGUCAACAUCCACUGGGGAUCUGCAGCCAAUGCCAACCUCUCCAGCACCAGAUGCUCAGAGCCCGCGUGUUCAGGAGUCAUCCUUUUUAUCCAGCCCAGCACGGUCACGCCAUUCAGCUGCCAGUGAUUUCGACAUAAGCUCACCUUUGACCUACGGCACUCCCAGUUCUAGAGUUGAAGGCACACCCCGGAGUGGUGUACGGGGGACACCUGUACGCCAGCGUCCUGAUCUUGGGUCUGCACGUAAGGUCCGCCAGGUUGAUUUGCAUGCAGACCAGCCUUCAGCAGACGACUUUGUGACCAGUGAGCAAUCCCUUGGUCAGAAACUAGUAAUCUGGGGAACAGAUGUCAAUGUGGCUGCAUGCAAAGAAAAGUUCCAGAGGUUCCUUCAGCGUUUUAUUGACCCUUCUGCUAAAGAAGAGGAAGUUACAGGCAUAGACAUAAAUGAACCACUUUACAUGCAACGACUUGCAGAGAUGAAUUUGGUGGGAGAACCAUUUCUCAAUGUGAACUCUACCCAUUUGAGAACAUUUGAUCCAGAAUUAUACAGGCAGCUAAUUUGUUACCCGCAGGAAGUGAUUCCCACUUUUGAUAUGGCUGUCAAUGAGCUUUUUUUUGAACGUUUCCCUGAUUCUCUACUGGAGCAUCAAAUCCAAGUGCGGCCAUACAAUGCUUUGAGAACAAAAAAUAUGAGAAGCUUAAAUCCAGAAGAUAUUGAUCAGUUAAUCACAGUUAGUGGCAUGGUGAUCAGAACAUCUCAACUGAUUCCCGAGAUGCAAGAAGCGUUUUUCAGCUGUCAAGUGUGUGCUUUUUGCACAAGGGUAGAGGUUGAUCGUGGCCGGAUUACUGAACCAUCUGUGUGCAAAAACUGCAACACAACACACAGUAUGGCUCUGAUCCACAACCGUUCGGUAUUUUCAGAUAAACAGAUGGUUAAGUUGCAGGAGUCCCCUGAAGAUAUGCCUGCAGGACAGACACCACAUACAGUUAUACUGUUCGCUCACAAUGACCUAGUGGAUAAAGUGCAGCCUGGAGAUCGAGUGAAUGUCACAGGUAUCUACAGAGCUGUUCCUAUCCGUGUGAAUCCCCGAGUUAGCAAUGUGAAAUCAGUGUAUAAGACUCAUAUUGAUGUUAUUCACUUUCACAAGACUGAUGAGAAACGGCUUCAUGGACUUGAAGAUGAAAAGGAACAGAAACUGUUCACAGAGCAGCGUGCUGACAUGUUGAAGGAGCUGUCUAAGAAGCCUGAUAUCUAUGAACGACUUUCAGCUGCAUUGGCUCCUAGUAUUUAUGAGCAUGAGGAUAUCAAAAAGGGUAUCUUGCUGCAGUUAUUCAGUGGUACACGCAAAGAUUUCAGUCACACUGGCCGUGGCAAUUUCCGUGCAGAGAUCAACAUUCUGUUGUGUGGUGACCCUGGUACCAGUAAAUCACAAUUGCUGCAGUAUGUGUACAACCUGGUGCCUAGAGGUCAGUAUACAUCUGGUAAAGGCUCCAGUGCUGUAGGUUUAACUGCCUAUGUGACCAAGGAUCCUGAGACACGACAACUGGUCUUGCAGACUGGUGCCCUUGUUCUUAGUGACAAUGGCAUCUGCUGUAUUGAUGAGUUUGAUAAAAUGAAUGACAGCACUAGAUCUGUGUUGCAUGAAGUUAUGGAGCAGCAAACCCUUUCCAUUGCAAAGGCUGGGAUUAUCUGUCAACUGAAUGCCCGCACAUCUAUCCUGGCAGCUGCAAACCCAGUGGAGUCACAGUGGAAUCCCAAAAAAACAACUAUAGAAAAUAUCCAGCUUCCACAUACUUUGCUGUCCAGGUUUGACUUGAUCUUCCUUAUGUUGGACCCACAAGAUGAAGCUUAUGAUCGACGUCUUGCCCAUCACUUGGUUUCACUUUAUUACCAAAGUGAAGAGGAAAUGGAAGAAGAAUACCUGGAUAUGGCAGUGCUCAGGGAUUAUAUUGCCUAUGGCCGCACUUAUAUUCACCCUAGACUCAGUGAAGAAGCCAGUCAAUCACUGAUUGAGGCUUACGUGGACAUGAGGAAAGUUGGCAGUGGUAGAGGUAUGGUCUCAGCGUACCCCCGACAACUGGAGUCACUGAUACGACUGGCAGAGGCUUAUGCCAAGGUGCGGUUUUCUGAAAAAGUGGAAAAUAUCGAUGUAGAAGAGGCAAAACGCCUUCACCGAGAAGCUCUGAAACAGUCUGCGACUGACCCAAGGACUGGAAUUGUGGAUAUAUCCAUUCUUACAACAGGAAUGAGUGCCACUGCUCGUAAACGCAAGGAGGAAUUAGCUCAAGCCUUAAAGCAGUUCAUUCAAUCUAAAGGCAAAACUCCAGCCAUGAAAUACCAGCAACUUUUUGAUGAUCUGCGAUCUCAAUCUGAUGUUGCUAUUACCAAGGAUAUGUUUGAAGAGGCUCUUCGAGCUCUGGCAGAUGAAGACUUCUUAACUGUAACUGGGAAAACAGUUCGACUGCUCUAAAAGGAACUCUUCAUAGAAAUUUAUUAGAAAAUGCUUACUUCACUGAAGCAAUAUACCAAUCAGAUAUAUUUCACAUUAUUUUGCUUAAUUAUCUGAUCUCAUUCUUUAGCUGUUUUUCUCCUUUGUAAUACCAAGCUUGAAGUUAUGUCUUUAAUAGUGUAUUCAAAAGUAAGGCAAUCAGCUAGUACACUGCCACAGAUGUAAAUAUCAGGUUAGAACUUUACACUUUUCACGUAUCGUGCCAUUGUAGAAACUCAAGAAAUGAAAUAAUUCAGAUGACUAUGUUAACGAAGUAGUGAAGAUAUUUGAUUUGUACUGACAAUAAAACUGUGCUAACAUUUUUUUCCUGUUUAAGUUUGACAUGAUAUUGGAAUCUAUCCACUUUAUGAUCGGAAGAUUGAUAAAGGUCUUCCAGAGAACUUAUACCUAUGUUGGAUUUUAAUUUGAGCCAAAUAAAUAAGAUGAAAUAUUCCAAA